AUGAGCUCCUAUCAUCCGGAUUUUGGCCGGAUUGAGACCAAGCUUCAAGAAGACCGUUACCAAGAACCGGUCACCCGAAUCAAAAUUGUUUCGAAAAAUUGUCUGACGCCAGACGUGCCACCCACCGUGAUCUCCCAUUUCUAUCUUUCCCUGCUCAGUCCCUCAUCUCCGAUGUAUGACCAACGCGUACAGUUGGACCUGCAAAAAUACAGGCAAGACGGGGUGCUUGUCUCGUACAUUGCUUGUCAAGGGCGCGAUGGAACGCCCUCAGGGAUGGCUUUGUUUCCCCGAGCGUCAGUGCCCAUGUGCGGUGAAGAUGUGACUCUCGGUGACAUCCUGCGUUCACUGGCUGCCGCAGGGCUUGAUACUGGCGAGCUCAACGCGAACGGGGCUGGUUGUCGGCGCUGGAUAUACCAAUGUUUACACCACUUGGCCGAGAAGGGAAUCAUCGAGUCCAGUUGGCGACAGGUAGCAGACCAGUACGUUGCUGAUGUUCGGGAGAAUCCCUUGUCCAACGUAGUCGACGAGGAUGUCGAUUAA